CGUUUUGGCCAAAAAAUUUCUGGACGACGGUCCAAAGAUUUCUGGUCGCCCCCACCAUUAUCUCUCUCUCUGUAGUCGCAGUGUUGAAGUUUUGCCAGAACCAAAAAAACACGACAAGACGAGCCUUCACCAACCCCGUCAAACCAGCAGUCAUGGCUCCCUCAAAGACCGUCGCCGUCGCAUCGAAAGAUGUUACGCCCUCAAUUGACCCCGAGCAGACCCUAAAGGCCUCCAAGGCUCUCCUGGCACACAUCAAAAAGGCCGCCAAGGAAAAGUCUGAGGAAUCCGGCAAGAAGAACCUCCUCGCCGACGAGACCGAGGACCUCGCCCAGCAGCCCAUCUGGCUCACCCUCACAACCAAGCGCCACAUCGCCGACAGCGCCCGCCUCAAGCCCGGCAAGAUCACCCUCCCGCACCCCCUCAACCAGGAUGAGGACGCCACGAUAUGUCUCAUCACCGCCGAUCCCCAGCGCGCCUACAAGAACAUUGUCGCCUCGGACGACUUCCCUGAAGCCCUCCGCAAGCGCAUCACCCGCGUCGUCGACGUAGCCCACCUGAAAUCAAAGUUCAAGCAGUACGAGGCCCAGCGCAAGCUCUUUGCCGAACACGACGUCUUCCUCGCAGACGACCGCAUCGUCAACCGCCUCCCCAAGGCCCUCGGCAAGACCUUUUACAAGACCACCGCCAAGCGUCCCGUCCCCGUCGUCAUCUCCGCUAAACCCCCCCGCGGCGCAGACGGCAAGCGCGCAAAGGCCCCCGCAAAGACCCCCGGCACCGUCAACGCCGGCACCCCGCAGGACAUUGCCGCCGAGAUCGAAAAGGCCAUCGGCGCCGCCCUCGUCAGCCUCACCCCGUCCACCAACACCGCCAUCCGGAUAGGCUACGCCGGCUUCAAGCCCCAACAGGUCGCCGACAACGUCACCGCCGUCGUCGAUGCCCUCAUCGGAAAAUGGGUGCCCGAGAAGUGGGCCAACGUCAAGAGCAUCUACGUCAAGGGUCAGGAGACCGCCGCUCUGCCCAUCUGGCUGACGGACGAGCUCUGGCUCGAGGACAAGGAUAUCGUUGCCGACGACAGCGAGCAGGCAAAGGCGAUGAAGGAGAAGGCCAACGUCGGCAAGAAGCGCAAGUCGAUUGGCGGUGCUGAUGAGGAGGGCGAAACCGAGGCUGCGACGAAGCCGUCCAAGAAGGCCAAGAAGGCGGCCAAGGAGGCGGCGCAGAAGGCUCUUCCUGAGGGCGAUGAUGAGACCCUCAACAAGCAGAUUGCCGAACGCAAGGAGAAGCUGAAGAAGCAAAAGGCCAAGGCUGCUGUCGACAACUAAGCGCUUCUAGGCCCAGGCAUGCUGUAGAGAUGAGAAGACUACCAGACCAAAAAAAAAGGAGGAUGGUUUACGUGCGGGAUUAUACCAUGCAUGGUUUAUGGCGUACGGCGUUGGUUCAGACAAAAAUUAACCAAGAGCACUCGUGCUUAGAAUUUAC